UACUGGCUCAUGAAGGCCGAGCCCGAGACUCGUCUUGAGAACGGCAUCGACGUCAGCUUCUCUAUCGAUGACUUGCGGGCCAAGGAUAAGCCCGAGGGGUGGGAUGGGAUAAGGGCGUACGCCGCAAGGAAUCAUAUGCGGAACAUGAAUGCCGGGGAUAAAGCAUUCUUCUAUCAUUCAAAUUGCAAGGAGCCUGGGAUUGCGGGCAUCAUGGAGAUCGUAAAGGAGUUUUCAGAAGACAGCAACGCCCGGCGCCCAGGAACGCCCUACUACGAUCCGUCCUCUAGCAAGGACAACGUCCGCUGGAGUCUAGUUCACGUCGAGUUCCGAAAGAAAUUCGCCGUACCCAUCGGGCUCAAGGAACUUCGCGACCUAGGCAAGCCGGGGGGUCCCCUGGAGAACAUGCAGAUGCUCAAGCAGAGCCGGUUGAGCGUGAGCAGGGUCAGCAAGGAGGAGUGGGAGGCGCUGUGUGAGCUUGCGGAUAGGAAGGCCAAAGAUGCUGGGUUGGAGCAUAAGACGGGAAAGCUGGUCAAGUAA